GAGCGCCGGCGGCAGCGGUCACGUCGCCAUGUCAGCGCCGGGCUCCCCUCUCAGUGCCAGUGGCAGCCGGCUGGGGUCCCGUUCACCGUCGCCGGGCCGCCGCUCGCCCGCCGCCAGUCCGCGACCCGAGCGCAAGUCGUUCAGCAUCACGGACAUCCUCAGCCGCUCCGACCCGGUCCGCGAGCGUCUGGAUGACACGCAGAAGCUGCUGGAUGCGGCCGCCGCCGCCAGGUUCGGGUUCCUGCAGCUGGGCUCGCUGGCGGCGCGCUACCCGUACCUGGCCGGCUGUGAUGUGCUCGGCAAGCCGUUCGCAUGGCAGGCCGUGUGGCCCCCGACCGGUCACGUGCCGGCCCAGCCGCCGCCCGUGCACCAGGCUCGGCUGGCCCUGCACUCCCACUCGCCAGUCGACGCCGCUGACGACGCCGACGACCGCGGCGGCGACGAUCAGCGCGACGGCAAGGACCGGCGUAAGAAGAAGACGCGCACCGUGUUCUCGCGCAGCCAGGUGUUCCAGCUUGAGUCGACGUUCGAUAUGAAACGCUACCUCUCCAGCUCGGAGCGCGCCGGCCUGGCCGCCUCACUCCACCUGACCGAGACGCAGGUCAAGAUCUGGUUCCAGAACAGGCGCAACAAAUGGAAGCGCCAGCUGGCGGCCGAGUUGGAGGCGGCCAACAUGGCGCACGCGGCGCAGCGGCUGGUGCGCGUACCCAUCUUGUACCACGAAGGCGCCGCAGGUAAGGGCGCGGUCAGCGGAGGCCCGUGUGAGCCAUGA